GGUUUGAAAGCAGAAGCUGCUUCAUGAUUAUGACUGGCAAUGGCUACGAGGAUAUCUGUUGCUGCUUUGUACUUAUAUUUAUAGGUGAUACUCAUCACCACCGUUUUCUUCUUUCACCAUCACCAUCGUCAUCAUCACCACCACCUCCAGCACCAUCAUCUCUUUUCCUCCAGCAGAGCUCCUCAAGGUCUGCAAAGGCAGACUCUGUUCAGCAAUCUUGGUGACAUAAAGUUUUGACAUCUCAAAGCCCGGAGCCUGCCCAAGCAAAGGUGGACCUAGAUUCAUCAGUCCUGGACCAGUUGUACCAUGGGGCAGUUUCAUUGCUGGAGAUGACUGUCAGCUGCUUUCCCUGCGUAGCCACCAUCACAUGCCCCAGCACCCGGAGCCUGGGAAGCCUGACCACGGACCAGCUUCUCCGAGGCAUGAAUAAUUAGGUAGGCAUAAUGGAAGGCACUCACUGCACCCUCCAAUUGCGAACGCCCAUUACUGAACUCUGCUACAUCAGCUUCUAUCUUCCAAAGGGGGAGGUCAGAGGAUUUUCAUACAAGGGCACUGUAACUCUAGACAGAUCCAAUAAAGGGCUUCAUAACUGCUACCAAGUCAGGGAGGGGUCAGACAUCGUCAGCCUCAGCCUGCAGCCGAAUGAACAUCCAGGCGACAUAUUUUUCAAGGAAACGCCCACGAAAGACAUUCUAACGGAACUGUACAAACUCACGGCAGAGCGAGAGAGACUGCUGGCCGAUCUGCUGAGUUCAGACCACAUCCUGGGGAUCACGAUGGGGAACCAGGAUGGGAAGCUGCCAGAGCUGUCCGUGAGCCUGGCCCCUGAGGACAACUGUUUGCAGGGUGCUGGUGACUGGCAGGCGGAGCCCCCCGUGGGCUGUCUCAAUAAGAGGGGCGCCCACGGGCACAGAAAGCCCCGGAGGUCUGGUGGAAGAAGAGAGAGCUCUGAGGCGCUCCCACAGAAGAGGACAAGGAGAAAAGGGCGUGGGGACCAGGAACCGGCUCCUCAGAUGGGAAAGGACCAGGUCUGUCCUAGCAGCACCCUUCCUCUUUCUCGAGCGAGGCCUGGUCUUUGGCUCCUAGAGGAGAAAGGCAACUUGCUCCCAAACAGGCCCCUCACCUCUUCCCUGCAGAGGAGAGAAAGCUGGCCCCCGGAGAUCCCCAGGACACCAGACCCUGGCCCUGGCCAUGGGAGCUUUGGGUCGGCUUCUGAGGACAUCAAGCCUAGAAGAGGAGGGCUGCCUCCUGAUUACAGCUCCAGGGGACCAGGGGAUGGUGGUGCUAGGGGGCUACAGAGGGGGCCUCCCGGUCUUGCACCUCUGCAGACAGGCUUGUCUCAACGUCACGAGGACCCCGAGAAGCAUCCAGGUGCAGAGAGGGGCCGGAGGGAGAAGCCUGCUGGGCGGACUCGCAGGAAGAAACCUGUCUCCAAAGUGGUGGCACAAGUCCAGGACCUGUCUGCUCAGGUGCAGAGAGUAGGUAAAACACAUCCUGAGGACGGCGAGGGAAGGGCUACCGUGCUCCAAGCAGCCAAAGCUGAGUUUAUACCCAGCACAGACUUGCUCAUCCACCCAGGAGCUAAGGCUGGGGCUCAUGGUUCCAAGCAGCGGGGCCAGGAGCAGCGACCGGAUGAGUCCUUGCAGACCUCGGCCAGGGACCAUCCUCCAGCCAGCGCCACGGGGGCUGUGAACAAGGUCCUCCUGAAAGUGAAAGAGAGCGAGAAGUUAGAUGAAGCCACCGAGGGGAAAAGGCUGGGUUUCCCCCUCAGCACGACAGCCACCCACAGCCUCCCAGACACUAGACGCAAGAGGAGAGCUGGGCUGCCCUUGAGUGGCCACAAAACCUUGUUUCUGGAUCUGCCCCGCAGUGUCGGCCCUGACUCCUCAGAGCCCCAAGGUGAUGAGAAAAGGCUGUCCCCCCCAGCACUGGCAGCCCUGGGCAUGGUACUUAAUAAUUCAUCCUCUCAGUCUGGCACACACAAACGGAUGUCACCUGUUCCCUCGCCUCUAUCUCCAGGGCUCCCCAGCCCUCAGCAGCAUCACAGGAUCCUCCGGCUGCCUGGCGAGAGGGAAGCCGCUCUUGAUGACUCUCCUGGUAGAAAGAGCGGUGCCUUCUCUGAGUCCCCAUCUGCUGACACCUUGGAGCCACCGUUCUCUGCAAAGGUCACGGAGACCAAAGGAGCCAGCUCAGCCUUCCUCAGAGCAGACCAACCUCGGUUGGUGCCUGGGGAACCUUUGGAAAAAAGCUUGGGGCCCGGGAAGAUCACAGCUCGGCCUCAGUACCACUUACCUCGAGAGGGGCCACCACAGUAGCAUCUCUAUAGAAGAAAAUCUGAUCUGAUGACUUGCAUUGCUAUAGCCAACUUUGUCUGAGACUCAUUAAUGAUAUAGUUUCAAUCAAUAGUAAGAGUUAUGGAUAAAAUACUUCAGAGAGAAAUUGCUGUCAGAGGAGGGGCAGUGAUAAGAAAGCUUCUUUGCUAGAAGAACGAGCAGGACCCGAAUGAUGUGAAGAAGUCAACCAUGUGAUGAUCUGGGGACAGAAUUGCAGAAGAGGGAACACCAAAUGUAAAUGCCAGAGACAAGAGUGAGGUUGUUGUACUGACAGAACAGCAAGAAUGUCAAGGUGGCUGGAAGGCAUGAAGUGAGUAAGGGAGAAGGUAGAUGGGGAGAAAAAGGAAGACAAGGGUCAGAUCAGGUGAGAUUUUUUUUAAGGCCAGUAGUUUACCUUUUUUUUUUUUCAUUUUUUAAAACUAUGAUGCAAAGCCAUUGCAAGAGUGUAAUCUGAGGAACAGUGUGACAUUUUUAAAAGAUCCCUUGGAUGCUUUGGGAUAAUAUUAUGGGAGACAGAAGUGAUAUCAUGAAUCACACUGUUCUUUGAGUUCAUAGUCACUGGGUAGUGUUCAUGUCUCCUCUGUCCCAUCAUGAUCCAUUUCAAUAUUUUGUAAUUUAUGAAUCAAAUUAAUACUUUUAUUGCAAUUAAUAUACCCUACAUAUAAUAGUGAGACAAAAAAGGAGGAAGAAAAGACAAAAUAACUAAUAUUUAUUGAAAGAGAAAACAGGAAGUAAUUUGUCAAUCUCUAGCUAUCCCAACAGUGUGUAAAACAAUACAGACUUAGUCAAGAUUUCCUGUUUAUCCACCUAAUCACAAGGCCAUGAACUACGCUUGGUCUUUCUCCAGUCAUUCCCCGUGUCCAGUUGUUCUUGCCUUUAGCCAGCAUUUGAGCUAGUCAGAAUUUCUUUGGAGAGGAGGGGAGCCUUUAUUUCUGAGGGGCCUAAAUCUUCCAGCCUAGAUAACGUUAUGAGAGUCUUCUGUUAACCUGUCCAGGUCCCUCUCAUACCCUCCUGAGCCCCCAGUCAUCUUAUUUCCAUUCACUAGGAUAAAUCAUGCUAGCUAUUCAUCAGGGCCCCUUUUCUUCGCAUGUUCAUUUCUUGGCAGGAAGAGCUCAAAAUGGCCCAGAAAAAGCUUCUGUUUCUAAUUCUGGGGGAGACCCUUGCUCCCCACCCCUGCUCAGUGAUAGCAUAUCUCCAUUUGGUAAUGAAACACCCAGGGCAUUGGGCCUAGAAUCAUUAGAACCAGAGUGAAAUGUU